AUGUUUAAAAUACAGAAAAUGCUGAUCUAUUACAAAGAAUAUGAGAAUAAGGUCUAUAAUAUAGAGUUAGAUAAAAGAGAAGACAUAGAAGAUUUAUGUAAAGCAUAGCAAUUUCGACACAAAAAUUUUAGAUGUAAUUGCAUUAUCAAUUUAAAAUUAUAAUAGAGAAUAACUCAUAUUUUCAUUAUGCCUAAAAACGUCGAUUUUCAUAUUAGCUAUCCAUUGUCAAUAGUUUCAAACUUUCUAUAAUUUUUUGGACUCUCUUGA